UUAAAACAUUUACUAUCAUGAACAAAAACGGUUUAUAUUUCGAUAUUUUAUGAACAUUCUAUUCGGAAAAUUGUUAAAAUAAUAUCAAAUCGUCAAUUUAUUUCCAUGAGUGUAAUACCAACAGAUAAAGCUAACUCAGAUUAUUAGAAAGUUCCUUGUUGUUGGUCUCGAGGACAUGAGAAAAUCGCAGACAUUUUAGGAGAGACUACUGAAAAUUAUUUAAUUUUCGUAUACAGAAUUUGGAAAGCUAUUUACGAUUCAUAGAGGAGGUAAAGACAAAAGAAGCCCUUACUAAUAUAUUCCCAAAUAUUUUAUCAUUAUUUUAACUUUUAAUGUGUUUAGUUAGCAAUUGAAAAUCCACCAUAUAUAAUGAACAUAUGUUAAAAGCAUAUGCUCCAGGUUGGAAAGAGUAAUACAGUUAUAUUACUACUGCAAGGAAAUUAAUAUCGACGAUAAUUCGUUCCGUAUUGGAAAUACUACCAGCAGGACGGAUAACUGUCUGUUGAGGUCAACUUCAUAUCGAAAAAAACAGUGAAUAUCUUAUUGGAAAGGGAGAAUAUUAAAUGGACACAUAUUAAGAAAAUCUUUGGAAAAUAAUAUUACAUAAUGCAUUUGUAAUGGCAAAUCAAGAGUCCAUUUUGCGUACAAAUGAAAAGGAAAUAAAAUGAAUAGAAUAAAUAUAUUAGUCCCUCCCUAAAAUGACCCAAAGGUAAAAGUCCGUUUUCUGUGAUAGAAGGAAAACAAUGCGCUGGUGCUGCCAUCUGCCCGAGGAAUUUUUCCCAAGAAAGUAGUACGAGAAAUUUGCGGGACUGGGAAGGACUGGUGGGGAUUUCGAGCUGUUUUGGGUGUUUUUCGAAGUUCAGGAGUAUUGCUCUUAUGAUUUUAAUGUGAAAUCAUCGUGAAAAGGAUUGUUUAUGCGAUCAAAAGUUUCAUUGUUUGGAGUGGUCGCGUGUAUUGCUCCGCCAUGACACUUGUUGUCGCCCGUGAAUCACGUCGAAAAACAUUGCUUUAGCGUGCGAUUGGAAGAUGACUCGGUCCGAGUGAAAGUGUUCCAUGAAAAUGUAGAGGCGACUGCGUGACGUAGCCAUGGCCCGUUAUGGGAGCGACGCUGCCACCGAGACCAGCCGUCUGUUACAAACUCUGAGCCUGUGCAAGGGCAGCGAGGCCGCCCACCCCGGCGCUGGCAUGGGCGGCGAGGGCGGCGCGGCGCCCAGGGAGGCCGGCCCAGCGCACCAGGACGCCUCGGGGUACGGCCGCAUACUGGCGCGGGCGGCGGGCGGCGGUGCGGGCGGCGCAGGCGCGGCCCCCGCCCCGCAGCCGCGCGUCGGCGCCAUCGAGAGCCUGCUCAAGGAGGGCACGGAGGCCCCCGCGCCGCACCCGCCGCCGCUCUACAAGGUGCUCGACUCGCGCAGUGUGAUCCAGGCGUCCAAGUUCGCCACGCCCAAGCAGCCCGACCCCGUGGUGGUGUCGAGCGGGUCGUCGUGCGCCGCUGUCAACGGCGGGUCGUCCGCCUCGGCCCCCGGGCUGGUCACGGGCCAGUCGGCCGCCCCCGCCCCCGUGGGCUAUGCUCACAUCACGCCCACCACAGCGGCUGCGGGCAAGAGUGGACCGGUGGUGAACGGGGGCACGCCCCAGAAGCCCGUCAACGGGCAGUCGCUCUACUCUGGCCACGUGCGCUACGAGCCCCCGCCCAUCUAUGGGAGGAACAACCUGAACAGCUCUGCUCACUCGAGUCCGCGCUCCAGCCUCAGCGGCGGCAGUCACGAUUCUCAGACCUCGGGGCAGCACGCGCAGCAUCCGCAGCAUCCGCGAACCAUUCCACAAACUCUGACUCAGCAUUCCAAUGAAUUUGUUGUGAAUCCUAAUUUUUUAGGGCAGCUACAUACUUACGAAAAUAUUAAUGCUUAUCACCAUUAUGGACCACAAGGUAGUUUAGCUGCUACCAUUAUAGAAAAUAAGUAUGCCAGUCCACGCUCUAGUAUAAGUUCACAGGACUCAAAGCAUUCCAGCCCAAGAAGCAGUUUUGUACAUUCCUUGCAAGGUUCUAGUCUUGACAGGACAAGUUUAGCCAGUCAAACCAUUUUAGAAGAGGGAAGUUUGCAUAGGCCGACUUUGUCAAAUAGACAUUUACCACCGCGUAUCGAACAGGAUUUGGAAGGAAAGCAAUUUGUGAUCCCUAGAAACAAUGCUUAUGUUCAGGAAAAUGCACGACACAGUUCACAGUGGAGUGUGAGUAGUGACUCAGUCAGACACAGAGGAUUAUAUUACGACGCGCUUCCACCUCCUCCUGUCCCCCCCCAAUCACUGACCUUGACGAGACCCACACACACCCCAGUAGCAACACCCAGUCCCACUGCCCUCCCCCCUCCACCGCCAUAUCCUGGAAAACCACCGAGUUUAAAUUCUGUGUCGUCCACAGAUGCUAGUGACUCCUCUGCGUCUCUUGGAAUACCCCGCACGACAUCUGUGGUUUACCCGCUAGUAACUUCCAAUCAUAAUUAUGCAAACAUUGAAGUGUUAAAGAGUGUUUAUGGGGCAGAUCCUCCUCCCCCACCUCCGUAUCCCUCGUCUCUUGUGCGACAGUUUCAGAACUUGAACCUGACUUACUCCCAGGCACCUUUGGGCACACAUUCUCCCAUUCCAUCAACGCCUUCAACGCCUUCUACCCCUUCAACUCCGCAAAGUCUGCUGAGGAGUGGUGGGGCUCCUCCUCCUCCCCCUCCGCCAUAUCCGUCCUCAGUGGUCCGGGCGGCUCAGCAGCAGUUUGUUGCCCCGCCACCACCACCACCGUACUCAUCUUCAGUCGUAAGGAGUAUCACGCCCAUUCAGUCAUACAUACCCACCACGAUAAUCACUGGACAGAUUGCUCAAGUGCCACCACCACCGCCCCCAUACCCUUCGUCGGCCGUGCGGAGCGUAGCCUCAGGAGUGAGCUACAGCCAUAGUAGCAGCAUGAGUCAGCACAGCAGCACCAGCAACUCCUCCAACACCCCAAGUGACCGCCUGGCACAGUGGCAAAACAAGUUGGGCAGCUGCGGUCAUAACCAGGGGGCACCACUAUCCAACAUGUCCACUGUCUCUCCAGGAGUGACAACAGGGCAUGCCCAGAUGCCCCCCAAUCCCUCAACCACCCAGAACACAGCCAAGACUACUGUCAGCGGGAAAAAUCUAUUGCCCUACAAUGUAACAGCAAAGUCUAUGGGCAUGAGUGAGGCGGAGCGGAAGCUGGAGGCCCUCACGCAGCAGAUCGAGGAGGAGAUGGAGAAGCAGGAGCAGGAGGGGGAAUACUACGGUAUAUGUCACACGUGUGGGGACAAAGUGACAGGUGCAGGGCAGGCAUGCCAGGCCAUGGGCAACCUGUACCACACCAACUGCUUCAUCUGCUGUUCCUGUGGCCGGGCGCUGCGGGGCAAGGCCUUCUAUAAUGUCCACGGCAAGGUCUACUGCGAGGAAGACUACCUCUAUUCUGGCUUUCAGCAGACGGCAGAGAAAUGUGCCAUCUGUGGCCAUCUGAUCAUGGAAAUGAUAUUACAGGCAAUGGGCAAAUCUUAUCAUCCGGGUUGCUUCCGUUGCUGCAUCUGCAACGAGUGUCUGGAUGGUGUUCCCUUCACGGUCGAUGUUGACAAUAAGAUCUAUUGUGUACAUGACUAUCAUAGAAUGUUUGCCCCAAAGUGUGCCGCUUGCGGGAAGAGCAUAACCCCAGUCGAGGGCACAGGAGAGACUGUACGAGUAGUAUCAAUGGAUAAGGAUUUCCACGUAGAUUGUUAUGUUUGUGAGAGCUGUGGAAUGCAGUUAACGGACGAACCAGACCAGAGAUGCUACCCUCUAGACGGACACCUUCUAUGCCGCAAUUGCCACUUACACCGCCUCCAUGCCAUGGGUCGCACCACCUCCAACAUCCAGGAUGUUGGUGCGACUUAUGUAGAGUAAAGGAAGACCGUGUGAGAGCAAGAGGAAGACACUGAUACACUGUAGGAAGAACAAACCUUGCUUUAAAUUGAGGAGGACGAAUAGCAAUUAAGAAAUACAAAAUGAAAUAUUUUUUUCUCUCUUUAAAAGUCUAUUUUUUUCAUUUUAUUUUAUUUAUUUAUUCUUUUUUUCAUUUUGUGGACUUGUUUGAGAGCUGCAAAAUCCCUCUUUUGUGUACGUCUUUUAUCUGAUUUGAAUUCUGAUUUCUGUCGUGUGGCAUCAGUGCUUUUUUUAUCUGUAGUCAAGAAACGGAGAUUUUUCUUCGGUAUAACUGUAUUAAAUAGAUGAAAUUUCAACAGUAUGUGAGAAUGGUAGUACAGUGUGAUGGAAGGAUGGAAAGAUUAAGUAACACCUGUCUAAUGAAGAUUUUUUUUUUUUUUUCCCCUGGAGAUAAUUAUGUAAGCAUCAGUGUCCAGAGACUUGUAAUUAAGUGCUAUAUUCUUUCUCAUGAUCGUCCUUCAUGGAUAUUGACGCUUCUGACUCCAGUAAUUCUAGUUGUCUGUUCCUACUGUUUGUAAGUUUCUGCUUGAUGGAAUAUUGGAUUCUCUUCGGAGUAGAGAUGAAGCCUCAAUGUAUGUAACCAGUAAUGAUAUUUGCCGUUCAUUUGCUGUCUGUCAAUUUUUAUUAGCGAGAUAUUCUGCUUCAUUGCCUUCACAGAGUAGGAGUAAACAGGACGGAAAUAUUUUGCAGCCUCUCCUUGCUGUGAUUUGAUAUAGUAUUAUGAGGUUUCUCAGAAUUUCCGUUACAUGCCCCUCCCAUAUAUUUUUCUUUAAAAAUGUUUUUCUUAAUUUUUCUUUUUUUCCGAAGAAUAGUCUGGCUUUAUCAGACUUGCUUGUGUCUUGCUAUGGCGGUUUUGUUUAAUACAGCCAUGAUUUAUGUGUUGGGUAGAUACUGUUCCUGGGAAAUGUAUAUUAAAUAUUAGCUUCAGGUGCAUUUAAUGUGAAAAAGUUGUACUGAGUGAUAGAAUUCUAAUUUUUCAGUAUUUCACAAGUUUUAUGCUGUUUAACAUAAUCAUACUCAGUUAUUGCAUUACUCAGUGGGAAAUAAGUAGGGACUAGGUAGUGAUGAAAGAGUUACUUCAUUGCAUUAUUACUGAAUUGAGUACAAGACGAUAGUAUUAAUCUAAUUUCCACCCGCUACUUAUUGGCUUUUCACUCAUUAUGCCCAAGUCAUGAGAAAGAAAGAGAGGGAAAAGGUUAAAAGACCUCCUUACAAAAAAUAAGUGUUAAUAGGAUUGAAAUUUAUCAAUGAGAUAGAUUCUUUGAGAUAUUGACUUGGAAAGAAUAUCCUCAUUCUUAUAUCUCAGUGUUGGAAAAUUGUUGCACGUGUUCUUCAUCUCGGUAGUGCAGCUGUAUUACUCUUGUAGGUCAUAGUCAGGCAGUUAUUAUUCAAUAUUUGCUUUUAUUAUUUACAAAAUUUUGGAAUUUUGGUUUAAUCUUUCCAUCCUGUCAUAUGUUAAUGAUCCUUGUGUAGCUCAAUUUGGUAGCUGACAUAACUUAUGAUUGUGUAAGAGUUAAAACCCUUUGAUUCACAUUUUUCGUUCUUGACUUUGAUGUAUGAGUAUCUGUUCCUUUUUCACUUUUUUGUAUAUGAAGUGAUUAGAAAGGAGACCUCAGAAAUCUGCCUGAUUGGCUCGAUGGUUUUAUGCAUUUACUGAGCUAAAUGUUUGCUCAGUGUUCAAGUGAUUAUCCUUACACAUGCCAAUGCCAUAAUAAUUACUACUUGUUGCCUUUGAUUUGUCGAGGAGGGAGGGUAGAUUGUUUUUUCUUGUUUUCUUCUGUCUCCUUAGUGAAUACAGAAUUAUUAAAUAAGAUGGAGCUCAGGUGCAAGAUUCCAAUGCAGUAGGGAAUUAUACAGGACCUAGGCAUCAUGUCAGCGAUUCUUUCAAAUUGCAACGUUAGAUUCACAUUCGGUAUUUAGCAGAAUGAUAGGGCCAGAUUUUGUUUCCUUUGGGGAUGCUGGUGUUGUUUUUGGUUCUGAGAGUUUUAUUUCUUCACAUGUCAUAAAUCAGAUUAUGUUAUUACACUUUAAUCAUAUUAAAGACUUGAGCAGUGGAAAUAUUGAAAUCAUAGUGUUCACUCCCAAUAAAGACGGGCAAAAUUGUUGGUGAGGACGUGUGUACUUUUGUGCAUGCCAUUCCAUGCUUGGAUAAUUGUCCUCGGGAAGCGAGACCUUAUGACAUGAUGGAAUGUCACCUGGUGUCUGUGGUUAUUCGCCAUGACAUGAUAGUACGUCACGAAUCGCCAGUGGGUUACAAGAUCAUGGGACAAAAUGGUAGGAAGAUUGAGAGUGAAAGUGUUCAGUGCUUCAUGUAUUCUAUUAGAAGUGGGUGCUCCGGUUCACAUAGAGUUGACUAAAAUGUCUUCAGCAUAAUCAAGCAUAGCCUGUGCUGUAAUCAUUAGUGGCAUUUUUUUUAUCUGAUGCAUUUCAUUGAUAGCACUGUCAAUUACUUAAAUACAGUUAUUGUAGUAUAUUUUUUUACUUGGAUGUGAAUGGCAAGAACUUCCACCGUACUUAGAUGCUUCAGGUGUAUGGAUUUUUUUGUUUGAAAGAUAUAUAUAUAUAGACAGUUGCAGAUUCUCCAAAUAGGAUUUAUUUAAUGCAGCAAGCUAAGCCUGAGUAUCCUUUGACAAAUUGAUUUUAUUGUGGACAUAGCUAAAGUAUCUGAUGUUCCCUGGGACAGUCUCUACCCUCAGCUUUGUGCAUGGAGAAACAGGUCAUCUCUUGAAAUCAGUUUUCUCUGUCUUUAAUGAAACUUGUGAUUUAAAUGUUUGCCUUCUCUUCUGUCUCUCCCCCCCCCCCCCCCUCUUUUUUUUUGUGAAUUUGAUAUCUUUCCCAUCUCUCCUUGUUACGAGCGCUUGUUUCAAGGCAACAAGCAUAAUCCGUAUUUCGUAAAUUUGAGAUGACUGUUUACUUCCAGUUUUUGAAUGUGUCUGAACUUGGGCAUUUUCAUAUCUCAGGAGUUAUUGUGAGUGGAAUGGUAGGGUUAAAGUGGAACAUUUAGGCUAUAUUAGUCUUUUUUUUAACGAUUAUAUAAAUAUAUAUAUAUAUAUACAAUUUUUACCAAAUGGGAAGGUCUUUUACACUUAUUGUCUUCUGUUCUUACAAGUUCAGGAAGUAUGACCAUCUUUCAUGUUAUUGUUUUUUUUGUUAUUUUUGUUUUCAGGAAUAAAUGAUCAUUAGCUUAGGAAAAAUGGAACUGAGACACUGUAUUCAGUUUAUUCACAAAAUGACUCUGCUUUAUAAGUUUAAAUAUUCAUUUCCAGAUCAAGACGUGACAAAAUCUUCAAUCUUUGUGUACCAUGCAAAUAUAUAUAUAUCCCCCUCUUUUUCUUGUAUGAAAUUGUAAUAUUAUUUAUGAAAUCAUUACAGCUUUCUGGCAGCAUAUAUAGUUUUUCUCUUUCUCUUAGUUAUUGAACAUGUUUAUACUGUUGGUAGGCUGCCUAUCAACAUUGCAACUCACCUACUUAAUAUGCAAAAAAAUACAAGGAUACUUGGCCAAUUUUAUCUAUUAAGUGAUGCCAGAUUCUUCCUUAUUUCUGAUGUGGUAACAAGUCGGUAUAUUUAGCUCUGCACAUUAUUGAAUGGCUGCUUGUAUUACUCAUCCAUGAGAUUUCUUGUUCUGUGAUAACAUUCUAUGGUUGUGGAAAAUGGCAUGUUAUUUUGAUGCUCUAUGGCACUUGUCAAGGCUGUGCACAAGUGGUAAGUUGACAGUGUUCUCGUGUUACCACAUCAAAAGAGAGGGUUUCUUGCAGUUUGUGAUAACUAUGCACAAAUUAUUAUGUCCACCAUGCUAUGAACUCUGGCUGGCCAUUAUGUAAAUACUGAGAUCCAAUUGAUCAUUUUAAUAAACUUGAAAGUUG